AUUUUUCUUACGGAGUCCAUUAUUAUUUGAUUCCGAAAGCUUUUCUUUUGUCUCUUCUAAAAAUAUGGAUCCCAUUGCUAAUGAAGCAGAAGAAAUUUAUCAACGACUGGUAUCCAAAAAGAGUGUCAUUGGAAUUAUGGUUAUUAACGAAAAUGGUAUUCGAACCUCCUUGGACAAUGUAACGACGACAGAAGUGGCGAAUGGAUUGAUUCCCCUGAAUGACCUCGCCCGCCGGACGGUCCGGGAUCUUGAUCCGGACAACGAACUUCUGUUUCUCCGCAUCCGGACGCUGCGUAACGAAAUCAUGGUCGGACUGGAUGAGCAGAAUAUGUACAUCGUCCUUCAAGAUUCCCGUUUCAUUCGCAUAUCUCAGGAAGCAAAAUGAUUUGUUUUAUACAAAUCUUUAAGUCAGUUGACGCUUUUGUCUUUCAAACAAUAAAAAUA